UUGGUUAAGAUAUACAAAAUGCUUCUCUGAAAUCUCAUGCUCCCCAUCUGCAAAAAAUAUACUCUUACACACCCACCAAACUGACCAAAAAGCCUUAUCUUUUUUUUUUCAAACCCCUCCAUUAUACUUCUUUCAACUGUUCGAAAUUUUUAUAUAUUUUAUUCAGCCUUCUCUCUCUUUCUCAUAUUAUACAGGUUCAAGUACCAAAUAUUACCAAUAUUUUUUUGUUGUGUGUAUUAUAAUAUUCUAAGAUUUGUUUUAAUUUCCUAUCUAUCUAUCUAUAUAUAUAAAUACAAGCAUGCCUAUCAACGAACAGAGCACUGUACCAAUAUUGGUUCUCCAUUGCAGCAUAAGUAGUUUUGAUGACAUCGAAUUAAAGAGAAGGUUGGCUAGUGAAAGUACCAGAUUGUACAGAGAGAAACAUAAAAGCUGAUUAUAAGCUGAGCUUUGAUUCUAGUUUAGCUCGUUUUAAUCCCAUUAAAUUAGGAGCAGCUGGAUCUGGAAUAGAGUUCUGAUAUAAGACUUUGAAUUCUCUUCUAGUUCUUUGAUAGAUGGACGGUUUGGGUUGGGAUGUUGCGGCAGCUAAUACAUCGUCUUUAUGGAGCAGUCAUCAUCAACAUGAUAAUAACAUUGACGAGAGUUUUCUGAUGUCCAACUCAAGUUCUAGUAUUCUGAAUCCAAUCCAGGAGCUCCAAAAAUCUCAUCCACCACAUGGUCAAAGAGUAGUGGAUGGAUUAGUAGUUCAGCAAAUCUCUUCCAUGUUUGAUGUAGAUGUUGCGUCAAACUUGAACAAUAUGCUUUCCAAAUCUGGAGCCGAAACGAGUUGGGGACCGACAACUUCGAUAAUAGCUGAUUAUGGUGUUACAGAGCGAUCCAUAUCUCAGGUCGCUACAGCUGCAGCAACUACAGCCUCUCUGGAGUCCCUGGAUUGCUUGCUUUCGGAUACUAAUAGCAACACGGAUACUACUGCUUCUGUUGAAGAUGAUGGAAUUUCCAUGAUUUUCACAGAUUAUAGAAACUUAUGGAAUAACAACAAUAUUAAUGGAAGAACUUCAGCUGCAAGUGCAGUCUCGUCCGGUGAGUCCGAGAACAAUGUUUCCAGAAGCAAAGAAAUGCAUUGUCCGGUGAAUGAGCUUGAUGAAACAGUUUCCCAAAGUUCAUCUGAAUUACGAUAUUGCCACAACUACCAGACCAAGUGCUCGGACACCACCACCACCACUACUAAGCCUAGUAGUUCUACAUUAGGAAGUAGCAGAAAUGAUCAAAUCAAUUUCAAAGCGGGAUCAAGUUAUAUUAAUCAUUUCAAUCUUCUUCAGAAUGCUGAUUGUUCCAAUACUGCUAGAGAAGGUGUUGGUUAUGGUUUUCAGCUAAUCUCGGAGGAUUUGCCAAAAGCCAAAAGACCCAGAUCAGAGAAACGUUCAGGCUCAUCAAACCUUAACUUCCAACAGCCAAGUUCAUCUCUUUCUUCAUCAAUUGAGGAACCUGAUCCUGAAGCCAUUGCUCAAAUGAAGGAGAUGAUAUACCGUGCCGCGGCUUUUAGGCCUGUGAAUUUAGGUUUGGAAGUGGUGGAGAAGCCUAAGAGAAAGAAUGUGAGGAUUUCAACUGAUCCACAAACUGUGGCUGCAAGGCAAAGGAGGGAGAGGAUUAGUGAGAGAAUUAGGGUUUUGCAGAGGCUGGUUCCAGGUGGGAACAAGAUGGAUACUGCAUCAAUGCUUGAUGAAGCUGCAAACUACCUCAAGUUUCUCAGGUCACAGGUUAAAGCUUUAGAAAAUCUAGGUCAAAAGAUUGACUCCAUGAAUUGCCCACCUACAAAUAUUGCUUUCUCUUUCAACCCAGCUUCUUUUGCCAUGCAAACCACCCAUGUCCCACUUCAAAACCCUAAUCAUAUCCAUCACUCUCAAAAUUGAAAAAAAAAUAAAACUAUUAAGAUAGGCCUAACCCCAAAAGAGACCUUUAAUCAUUCUCAUCAUCAUUUCAUUACCAAUGAUUAACACCCCCCUAGACAUUUUCUUUGACGCUUUUUAAAGUAGUAGAAAAAAGCUUUAGUCCCCAAAAUCCAAACCAUAAUUCUGUCAUCAUUGCAUCUUCUGUACUGAUCCAGAGUUAAUUAAUGUUCAAUGUUAAUCAUAGGGUUCCAUUACAAUCAUCGCAUCCACCAACCCAAGACCCCUAUCGCAAGAAAGAAUUCCCAAAAUUCUCUAAUUCCGCCACUGUUUUUACUACUUCCACCAUCAUGAUGCUUUUGUUUUUUUGUUUUUUUUUUUGGGUAAAUUCACGAUGCUUUUGUUUGACAAAGGAAGAAGUAGUAUAAAGAAAAGGUGGAACAAAUCUACUCAUGAUCAUAUUUUUAUUUGUAACAAAAGGGUUGGCAAUUAUAACACCUAUGAUUAUGAUCAAGGGCUAGAAAGUGCAUCAUCACUUUAAAACUUUGUUGUAUAAUUGUUUAAUGGGAUUUAUGUACUUAAAGCUCAGCUUUUUCUUGGAUAUAUCUUUAUGGGGUUUUUUUUCUAAAU